UUACUUAUUUCAUUUUUGAUGGUAAUGCAUUCAACUUCCGUUUUAAGUCAUACAUCUGGUGAUCAGGCGCUAGCUAGUAUAAAACGUUUGGAAAAAUUACACAAAGCCAUAGAAGAAGAAACAAAAAUUCUGAAAAUUCGGGCUUACUCAGUUUUUGGAGAAAGCAAGGAAUCCGAGGACGAGCCUGACGAAUCUCUACACCACGGAGGAAAUUACGUGCGUUGGGGAAGAACAACGUGUCCUAGCACUUCAUGGACGAUAUAUAAAGGAUACGCUGGUGGAUCUUUCUAUAAACAUACUGGUGCCGCGGCUAAUUAUUUGUGUCUACCUAGAGAUCCUCAAUGGAGCGAGAAGGCGAUGGGAGAGAAAAAAAAGCAGGACAGUGUCGCCUUUGUUUACGGGUCAGAAUAUAUACUAGCUCAGGAAAAUGAAGGUUUUUUUGGAUCUGAAGUCAAUUCAGGCGGAGAUGAUGUGCCUUGUACAGUUUGCGGAGUAGAACGAACCAACAUUUUGAUGAUUCCGGCAAGGACUUCAUGUUAUGAUGGCUGGAAAAGGGAAUACACAGGUUAUCUUGUAGCUGGGCAUCGUGAUCAUGCUGCGGCAUCUGAAUACAUUUGCCUUGAUGAAAAUCCGGAAGCUACAGGAGCUCCCCGUAAUGAGAACGGAAAGCUAUUCUACUUGACGGUAGGAAAAUGUGGUCCUUUACCAUGUCCACCGUAUGAUGAUGGAAGACUAUUAUCAUGCGUGGUUUGCACGAAGUAGAUGGUUUAUAUUCUACACUACCAUCGGUUGGGUAAUAAUGUAAUAUUAACAAUGCUAUGAUUGACUAAUACUAUAAUUAUUUUGUAAAGCUAAUACUGUUGCAUAUAGACUAUAAGGUUAUUGUUUGAAACUUGAAGAAGUAGGAGAAGAAGGAGGAGAAGAAGAAAAUGAAGAAGAAGAAGAAACCGAAAUACCUGUAUGGAUGGAAAAUGUUUGUAUAUUUUCUCAUCAGCAAACAGCGCAUUCAUAAAAUCAUCGCUGAACGGAUAAUACCUCAAAAUCGCAGUAUAAUUUUUUGUUCAGGAAAAUUUAUUCUGUUUAUGCAAAAUAUGUACGCGUGUUAUAAAUAACAUUUAAUAACAUUUUAUGUAUGUUUAAUCAAAUGA